AUGAACUUAGAAGAGAAGUUGAAUAAUUCACUCAAUGAUAUAUUGAAGUCUUCCGGAUACAUAUUUGAAAUAAUACAUAGCCGGAAGAAGCAAAGUAAUUUAAUUACAGGAACCAAUAACCAACUUAUAACGCCCGUUAUAACAUCACAAUUAACUAAUAGCAUAACGAAAUUUGAAGAUAUACUAGAUGAUACUAUAUGCAAAUUCAACGACACCAAGUGGUGUGUAGAGCAAAUGUUGCAGAAUAGACAAAAACAAGAGGAGUUGAAGCUCAAGGAAGAAGAGGAAAAACAGAGGCGAAUAAAAGAGGACGACGAGAGAAAGCGACUAGAAGAAGAAAAGACCAAGAAACGGAAAAAAGAAGAGGAAGAAGCCAGGAUCAAGAAGGAAAAGGAAGAUCAGCAGGCGAAGGAAGAAGAACUUAAGAAAAAGAAGGAACAGGAACAGAAAGAGAAAGAACAGAAAGAAAGAGAGAGUCUCAAGGAAAAUGAAAAGAAGAGCGAUGCCAACAAUGAUAACUUUGACACCUUUAUGUCUCCAAGCUUUGAGUUCAAUUUGAAUGACUUGCCUACGACGAAUGAAAGAGGCAUUGAUAUACCGAACCCGUCCGAUAUUCUUUCAACGAUCAGCUACGACGGCUUCGCCGAAAGCAAGGACUCUAAGAAGGCUGACACUAAUAUCCCAAACGACGAAUCUAACAAUAACAACGACUUGGACCUAGACAUGAAUAAUUUGCUAGAUAACGAUGCGCUGUUACUAGAUGGCUUGGAUAUGAAUAUGUUGGACCAGGGGUUUGACGGCACGAACCCGAACGGAAACGGGGUGAAUGAUUUACAGGAUGAAGAAUUUGAUGUCGAUAAUUUUUUGAACCAAUUUGGGGCUGACUAG